CCCGAAACGUCUUUUUUUCCCGCUCUUUUCCUUUUUCUUCUUCUUCUUUGCCUCUUGUUGUUUUGUACUUUGUGCUUUUUUAACCCAGAAAACCAUGACUAUCAACUGGACUCUUCCUAUUCCCGAGACUCCGUCUCCCAACUACGUCAUUGUCAAGAACAUUUCGCCUAAAUCGUCUGAAAAGACAGUCAAGGAGUUCUUUCUCUUUUGCGGCAAAAUCAAAGAGUUUGAAAUGGUCAAGGAAGAAGAACAGCAAACAGCCUUGAUCAAUUUCGAACGCGAGUCAGCUGCCAAGACUGCCGCCUUGCUUAGCAAUGCUUUGAUCGGUGAUCGCCACAUUAUCGCAGCCCCAUAUUUUGAGUCGACUGCAUCCGGCAUCGAUGAGCCCGAAAACGAUGGCGAAAACAAUAAUACCCAGGAAACCAAGCCAAAGGCGCGUAUUGCUGCUGAGAUCUUGGCAAACGGCUACCUGCUCCAAGAUCACGUUGUUGCCAAGGGUCUCGAGUAUGAUACAAAGUACCACCUGUCUACGCGUAUGACUAGCUAUCUUCAAACCCUUCAAACCAGCAUGAAGACGUUUGAUGACAAGUAUCGCAUUUGGGACAAGGCCAUGGAAUACAAUGAAAAGUUCAAGAUCCAGGAGAAAGUCAACACCGUUGCUUCGACUGCACAGACCCGUGCUGUGACCGCGUUGCAGACCCCAACAGGUCAAAAGAUGCACGACUUUGCCCAACAAACGUUGGCUCAAAUUGCUGCUGUCCACUAUGAAGCCAAAAAGAUCCAGAGCGACAAGCUGAUCCAGCAAGCAACAGCAAACACCAACACGGCUGCCCCUGCUGAACCUGAAAAGACCACCACCACCACCACCACCACCACCACCACCACCAGCACUGCUGCUUAAAUCAUGAUAACCACCAACAAAGAAACAUACCCUCCUGCCCUCCUUUUUUUUUUUCCUUUCAUGAAACCCAACUACUUGUUUUAAAAGGAAUCUUGUAUUGUUACCCUAUUAUCUACAUCAUCAUAUCCCGCUCUCUCUCUCUCUCUCUCUCUCUUCCUCUUCCUCUUCAUAAUAAUAAUCAAAACAAACAGAUGAUUAAAAGAAUGGAUAUCUUGACCG